ACAUCUUUAAAACGAAAUCAAAACAGCUGAUAACCAAAAAAAUAAAAAAAAUAUGGAAAAAUCUAAUGUUUUCCUCCUCUCCAUACUUCUCAUGGCUUCACUCUUCUACAUAUCCCACGCCUUUAAACUCUGGUCCUACACAAUCGACCGAGUCAGCAUUCGUGGUGUCGUGUAUUGUAGCCUUGACGGAGAUCCAAGCGCACCACCUGUCUCCAAUGCCACAGUCUAUAUUGAAUGUCCAGGCUCAAACUCAACCCUCGCUCAAGCAGUGACCAAUCAGGUUGGUGUAUUUACCCUUGUGUUCAAUCCCGCCAACACGAGUUUUGAUAAUCCAAGUAAGUGCGACAUUAAAGUAAAUCUUCCGACUAACUCAUGCUUUAUCUAUCCACCGGGCGGCGUACUCAUAGCCUCAGUAGUUAAUGAAAUAUAUGGGGGUAGCAUCAGCCUCGAGAAUUUCAUUGUUAUCGCUAGCUACGCCGCCACAACAUUUCUCAGCCCUGGUUAAUGUUUAUCGCUAACUAUGCCAUCGGUGAUCUUCUCGACAAUGAUGUAUGAUAUGCAAUCGUCGUCGCUGCCUUAAAAUGUGUUUGCCUUAUAUGUAUAGUGUGAUUUAAUGUAUGAUCUUCUACUAUUAUAUAAAAAUGUUUUAAGCUGUUGACAAAUA